GUUGAAGCUCAGAGAGAGACAGAAAGAAAAAGAUUUCCAUGUGAUUCAUGCCAAAAUAGAAGAAUUAGCAUGUACACAAGAUGGAGUCAUCCCUAAAAAUAUACUUGGGCAGUUUGAACGACGCUUGAGGCAGUGGAAAGAAGAUGAUAAAAAAUAUGUUUGUACAGCAGCAGAAAAACAAGUAAGAAAAUGUAUUUUGACCGAAGGUUAUGUAACAAUUGUUGGAAAUUCAGGCACUGGAAAAAGUUUCCUUGCAUGUCAUGUUGCACUGUCGAUGAUGGAACAAGGCUAUAUUAUAAUUCCAUGUGAUAACCCUGGAGAUAUUAGACAAUUGUUUAAACAUGGAAGGAAAACAGUAUUUGUCUUUGAUGAUGUCUGUGGGCGGUAUACACUGAAUCAGCAGAUUUUCAAUGAGUGGACACAAAGGCUUGUACACAUUCAAUCUCUUCUUGAAGACAACUGUUGUAAAAUUAUGUCGACAUGUAGACUAGAUGUUUAUAAAAGCGAACAACUCAACAGUCUGUCUAUUUUCAAAGCAUGUACUAUUGAUUUAAGCUCAGAAGAAUUUAGACUUAAUACGGCUGAAAAAUUUGCUCUUGCUGAAGUGUACUUUAAGGACAAUACUGAUAAAGUUGCGGAGUUGUCUGAAAAAUACGAUUUUUUCCCACUUUUAUGUAGUUUAUAUCAUAAACAGAAACUCCUGAAACAUGUUAACAUAGAAGAUUUUUUCAACAAUCCUUUUAGAGUUUUUGAAAAUGAACUUGUGGAACUGUAUCGAGUAGGUAAGGCCGGUAAGAUCAACUAUUGUAGUUUGGUCCUGUGUGUGGUGUUUAAUAACACAUUGACAGAAGAAAACUUCUCCACAAAAGAUAAAAAGAUGGCGGCAGUAAUGGAUGAUUUACUUGAAGAAUGUGAACUGAAAAAAGGAACACCUGUCAAAAGUUUAAAGAAAUCCCUUGACACACUUGAUGGUACAUAUGUUGUCAAGGAAGAUAGUACAUAUAAAAUAAUCCAUGAUAAGUUGUUUGAUAUCCUGGCCAAGAACUUUGGGGAAAAGAUGAUACAGCUCUUCAUUGAUUAUGCUGAAACUGCCUUCAUUAGUGAGAGGUUUUUAUGGAAGACAACAUACAUGGGUACAGAAAUAGAGUUUGCCAUCAGAAUACCUAAUAACAAAAUCAACAGAUAUAUAGAAAGACUGCUGAAAGAUUGGGGGAAUGGUUUUGUAGAAGAGGUAUUUACAAACAGAAACAUGAAAUCAUCUUCCUUCACAGAAACAUUUAUAAACAAAAUAAACCAACUUGAUCAUUGUAAGCAGGAAGAAUUUGCUGCAACACAAGAUAUAAACAGUAAAGAUAUUGCACUUAGAGGAAGUUGUUUUAUGGGUUCUGUUGAUCUGGUCAGAUGGUUGAUUAGUAGGAAAAGUAAUAUUAAUCAUUGCUCGAAGAGAGGUUACUCUGCAUUAUUUUAUGCAAGUCAGGGAGGACAUGUUGAUGUUGUUAAAGAACUGUUACAACAUUUAGCAGAAGUAAAUCUAUUUAAGGAUAAUGGUGUAUCACCUCUGUUUAUAGCAAGUCAGGGAGGACAUGUUGAUGUUGUUAAAGAACUGUUACAACAUUCAGUAGAUGUAAAUCUAUUUAAGAAUAAUGGUGUAUCACCUCUGUUUAUAGCAAGUCAGGAAGGACAUAUUGAUGUUGUUCAAGAACUGUUACAACAUUCAGCAGAAGUAAAUCUAUUUAAGGAUAAUGGUGUAUCACCUCUGUUUAUAGCAAGUCAGGAAGGACAUGUUGAUGUUGUUAAAGAACUGUUACAACAUUCAGCAGAAGUAAAUCUAUGUAGGGAUAAUGGUGCAACACCUUUGUUGGUAGCAAGUGGGAAGGGACAUGUGAAUGUAGUCAAAGAACUGUUACAACAUUCAGCAGAAGUAAAUCUAUGUGGGGAUGAUGGUGUAUCACCUCUGUGGGUAGCAAGUGGGAAGGGAUAUGUGAAUGUAGUUAAAGAGCUGUUACAGCAUUCAGCAGAAGUAAAUCGCUGUAGAAAUUAUGGUGUUUCACCUCUAUGGCAAGCAAGUAUAAAAGGACAGGUUGAAAUUGUCAAAGAACUGUUACAACAUUCAGCAGAAGUAAAUCGAUUUAAGUAUAAUGGUGUAUCACCUCUGUUUAUAGCAAGUCAGGAAGGACAUGUUGAUGUUGUUAAAGAACUGUUAGAACAUUCAGCAGAAGUAAAUCUAUUUAAGGAUAAUGGUGUAUCACCUCUGUUUAUAGCAAGUCAGGAAGGACAUGUUGAUGUAGUUAAAGAACUGUUACAACAUUCAGCGGAAGUAAAUCUAUGUAGGGAUGAUGGUGUAUCACCUCUGUGGGUAGCAAGUGGGAAGGGAUAUGUGAAUAUAGUUGAAGAACUGUUACAACAUUCAGCAGAGGUAAAUCGCUGUAGAAAUAAUGGUGUUUCACCUUUAUGGCAAGCAAGUAUAAAAGGACAGGUUGAAGUUGUUAAAGAACUGUUAAAACAUUCAGCAGAAGUAAAUAAGUGUAAAGUUAACGGUGCAUCACCUCUGUGUAUAGCAAGUCAGAAAGGACAUGUUAAUAUUGUUAAAGAACUGUUACAACAUUCAGCAGAAGUAAAUCUAUGUAAGAAUGAUGGUGUAUCACCUCUGUGGUUAGCAAGUGGGAAGGGACAUGUGAAUGUUGUUAAAGAACUGUUACAACAUUCAGCAGAAGUGAAUUUAUGUAAGGAUGAUGGUACAUCACCUCUGUCUAUAGCAAGGCAGAAUGGGUAUGGUAAUGUAGUUAAAGAACUGUUACAACAUUCAGCAGAUGUCUCAGCAAAAGUGACUCUAAAGGUAGAAACACAUUGAAACAAAUACUUUCUAGAAUUGCAAAACAAAUGUAAUACCAAGUAAUUGAAUUUGUCAAAAUUAGUUAUCAUUUGUAGUAGCUAUCUUUAUUGACUAGUAAAACCUAAUACUAGUAAGUUAUUUCUUAGUAAUUGAUAGAAGUUUAAAGUAAUCGGUAAUUUUGUGUAAUCAAUAUCACUAAUUACAAGUAAUAUUUUGAGUAGCUCCAUGUAAUCAUGUUUGGUAAUUUACAGUAAAUACAAGUAAUGUUUAAAUACUAUUAGUGAUUACAAGUAUUUUUAUACGUAAUCAUUAGUAAUAACUAGUUAUAUCACAAGUAUUUCAAAGUAAAAACCCAUGUAAUCUAGAGUAGUUGUGUUAAUUAUAUGAUUAUACCCUUUUCAUAUCAGUCAGUACAGUUUUUUUCGGAUGAAAGUAUAUGGACUGAAGACGUCAGCAUACCUUCAUGGGUCAAUAUAAACAUGUAUUUUUCUGAUACGAACAGGCAACAAUUGUUUCAUUUUAAUAUCAUAUUAUUCAAAAGUUGUCACUUAACUUUCAUAAAUGAUCAUUCGUGUAUAAUUUAUUGUAGUCCAUAUCUGUUCUCAUUUGGUGUUAUGUUCAAAAUGGGCUACUUCCUCAACCACUUUUUGUGCAGAUACAGCAAAAGGUGUAAAACUUUCAAGUUCAAAUCUGAACAUGCUGAAUGCGUUCCCGUUGUUUAGAAUUUUCCUCAGAGUUCGGUAUUUUUGUUAUUUUACUUUUAAAUCUCAUCUGGCCUGAAAGGCCAUGCGAGCUUUUGCGACCCCUUUGCCUCUUUUGUCUGUCUGUCAUCCGAUGUAAACUUUUUCUCAUCUGAAACCACUGAACCAAUUUCAACCAAACUUGAACUGUAAAAAUGACCAGAACAAUAAGAUCUACUAAUAAGUCAACUUAGCAGAAACCAUGAAAUGACCCCCUCUUGGACUUAUUGCCUAUAAAUGAUGAUUUUUACAAAAAAAAUUAAGAAACUGUAGUUGAUAGAGAGAAUCGUUUGAUAGGUAAAAUGUUCUAUGAUAUACAAAUAAGUCAACAUGAAUGAAUCAACCCCUCAAAGGAGUUAUUACCCUUGAAAGUCUUAUUUUACUCAUUUUUUUGCGUUUUUGGCAGAGACUAUAAUAGUUAAAGAGAAAUUGUUCAGGCAAAAGUGUUCAUCAAAAUAAGAUCAACUUGACCAUUAUUAUCAAUUGACUGCUUAUUGGAAUUAUUGCCUUCGAAAGAAGGAUUAUAUCAUUUUUUUUGCAUAAACUAUUAUAUAGAGAGAGAAAUUGUAAUUAGCAAAGGUGUUAAGCACAAUCAGAUCUACAAAAAAGUCAAUAUAGCAGAAAUUGUCAACUAACUCCUUUCAGGUGUUAUUGCUCCUGAAUGACUAUAAUUACCUAUUAUAUGGAUCGUUUUUUGCGUAACCAAAGAUAGAUAAGAGAGCAAUGUUCAAUAUACAUUUCAAAAAUAUUCAGCACAAUGGGAUCUACAAAUCAGUCUAAAAUAAAUGUCAAAACUGGCAUAUUAUUUCAAGUGAGCGAUACAGGCUCUUUGGAGCCUCUUGUUUAAAACCACUUACAAAAGUUGAAAUGAAAGCUUAAUUUUGGUUGGCUGAAUCUCGAAUUGAAUGUUAGCUAUUUAAAACGGGAAUUCAUUAAUUUUUUUUGGUAAUAUGAGUUAACGGUCAAAAAGUGAUUUUUAAUAACAGAAACUUGACAUGAAAUGGCAAAUGACAGCUUUUAAAUAAUAUGAUAUUAUAAUAAUCCAAAAAGUAAAAUCACAAAAAUACUGAACUCCGAGGAAAAUUCAAAAGGAAAGUCCCCAAUCAAAUGGCAAAAUCAAAAAAACAAACACAUCAAACGAAUGGAUAAGAACUGUCAUAUUCCUGACUUGGUACAGGCAUUUUUUAUGUAGAAAAUGGUGGAUUGAACCUGGUUUCUGGUUGAACCAAGAAAUUGCAAAUAAUAGAAAGUAAUUAUUUUCAGUAAUUCAAAGUAAUAUCCUAAGAAAUUGCAAUUAAUCAAAAGUUUGAUACAAUUAGGAAUAAGAACAUAAACUGGGUGGCUAAAAAUCAAAAUAAUGUGUCUCUUUAGAGUGACAUGUCUAAAAACAAAUCCUACUAACUAUUGGUUUUAUACCCUAUGAACUAUCAAAGAAAAGACUUGCAAUUAAAAAAAAAUGACUCGGCUUGUUGGUCUUGUAUGAAGCAGGGUUUAUUUCAAAUUAUGUUCUCGUCCUGAUAUGCAUGUACAUUUAACACCAAUUCUUUCAUCUAUCUAUCCGUAAUCAGGAACCAACAAUUUGUAAAUACUAGUAUGCUGAAAACAAAUGUUAAUUAUUCAAUAUAUCACUUAGCUAUUAUAUUGUUAAAUCAAAGUGUUCAA